AUUCUUUUUAGAUACGAUUUGUGUUAUCAGUGGAGCCAAAAUUUUGUUCAUCGACCCUUUGUCUGAGCUUCAGGAUCCAAACAAAGUUUGCAGUAUUGCCCCAAUAGCAAAUUAUGUGCAUUCAAAUGUGUGUGGUUCAAGGGGACUUGAACCAUUGUACAAUCUCUUUGGAAUUAAUGAACAGACAGCCAGAAAUGGGGAGUUCAAAGGGACAUUUUUCUGGUUUCCCCUUAGAAAAUCACCAUCACAAUUGUCAGAAAAUACAUAUUCACCUGAAAAAGUGGAAGAUCUGUUCAUGUCUUUUAAAGAAGAGAUGAGCUCUGAGCUCUUAUUUUUAACAUCGAUUGAAGAAAUCGGAAUAUACAAAAUUGAGAAUGAUAGUUGUGAAUCUGAGUGUACUAUUGCUAUAGAUCAAGGGUGUGCAGAGGAAACUAGAAAUGAAAGGCAGUGCUAUAAGGAAAAAAUCAAAGACAUAGAAGUCAAUAUGGCAGAAGAUGAUAGAUGGAUCAAUCAAUGCGACCCAGUAUGGUUGAAAAGUAUAGUUACAUACAAGAUCAGGAUGAAUGGAAUAGAGACCCUCCAGGUAUGGUUCAUAGUUCAAUAUUUCCAUGCAGGAAGUAUGAAUAAAGAGCUUUCAAAUCUCAUCAGAAAUCGGCGAUCUAAAUACAGACCAUAUAUUGGAGUUGCAGCCAGAGCUUGACAAACCUAUUCAGUGCAGUCAGUUAUUUUGCUCCUGCCUCUCCCAUUUGAAGAUGAAAGUUCUACUGGAUUACCUCUUCACGUUAAUGGAUUCUUUGCUCUUGAUAGUAACAGACAGCAUCUUAAAUGGCCAUCCCAUGAUCAAAAUGUAAGCCACUCACAUUUAGAAAAUGACAUGCUGUGGAAUGUACUAAUGGUACAAGAAAUUUUACCUGUUGUUUACGUUGAAUUUCUUCAGUCGUGGCAAAAUGAUAGGUUUGGAUCCGAGUUGAAGGAGAGAUACCUGGAAAUGUUUUAUCAUCACGUCCCAAGAAUGUCAACAAUAAGAAGUCAUUGGGCAUGUGUUGGAGAAAAAAUGCACCAGUAUCUACUUGAGUCCAAAAUUCCUUGCCUCGAGAGUGGAAAUUGGAUUCACACUAAGGAAGCAUAUUUUGCCGUCUUUGCAGAGAACACGCAGGAAGAGGAGAAGAAAAUUGUCACAGAACUUUAUAAAAAAUGUACAAAAAAGGUCGUAAUUUUGAAAGAACACGAAGACCUCUUUUAUUACUGGAGAGAUUGUGAUAGCAAUGUUGAUUUAAAGUGUACACAUCCCAAAGAAACCAGAAAUCUUCUUAGAGGAGACCCUACUUACAAACAAUUACUUUCCAAUAGUAAAGGUCACCUUCUAGUCUACAUAUGUAGAGAUGAACUUCUCUCAGAUUUAGAUGGAAUAGAGUUGUUACCUCUGCAAAAUGGGAGAUACGCAACUAUGCAAUCAAAAAAAUACUGGCCUCAAAAUACUUUUUUCUUAUGCAAUGAGGAAGAGCUGCAGAUUCUGACUGGCAAAGAGAGUAUUCUGGUUUUGAAUACAGACACCACCUCAAAAAUUGGAAAAGUUUUAGAGUCCCUUGCAUCAACAGGACACUAUACAUUCCACAAAAUGAAUGUUGAUUCCUGUUUAUGCUUUUUGAGGGAGAUUAUCCAACACCAGACAGAAAAAAUCAGAGAUCCGGUGUUUUUGAAGGAUAGCGAUGCUAUAUUUGGAGAACGUUGGUUAAAGAAAGUUUGGGCAUAUCUAAAACGCAAUUGUUCUUCUUUGGAUCUUAUUCAGAAUCUUAAUAUUAUUAAAACCAAAGAAUCAGGGGUACUCAAAAAAGUGUCUGAAGCAUUUAUCAGCGAAGUUGCUACAAAUACUUUGCAAGUUGAAGUCUUGAAAAAAUUCAAAAUUUGGAUAGUUGAUAUGAAUUUCCAUGACCAUCCGUUACUUUCACCAGGGAGAGGAAUUGUUGAAGAAAGUACAGAUGAUGGGAAGAGAAAGCUCUUACAACGUUGUAUACAUAAUGGUAUAAGUCCCUUUAACAACACCUGUUCGGAUGCUGAGAGGGAGUGGUUCAAAGAAUUCUUACCUGCUACUCUCUCAAAAUCAUUGAUCUCGGCUUUGAAAGAUCUUAAGUUAUUCAAAUGUUUUUCUAAUGUCCAGAAAUCAAGUCAAAUUGGUUACAAAUCCAAGAAUGAGUGUUGUUAUGUUUACGUUGGCGAUAAUGACUUUCCAAUUCAGUUUCCAAAAGUAAUGAUUAUGUCAUCCACAAGAAAAGAGGAGCGACUUCUCUCUGAUCUUUCAUCAGCAAAAGUGGAUCUUACAAUCUGUGUACAGGAAUCACUUGAAAAAAUUACAAAAGGUCGAAUUUCACUCAGUGAGGAAGAUAAACGGAGGUUUUGUUUUUAUGUUUUGGAAAAGCAGUCAAUGCUUAGAAACUGGAAGAUGAUUCAAACCGAUUUGAAUGCAGUCAAAUUUAUAAGAAAUGGAAUGGGAAAACAUGUACACCACUCUGCAAACGAACUUUAUGAUAGAAGGGAUGAGUUGCUUCUAAAGCUUUUUCUUACAGAAAAUAAAUUCCCAGAAGAGGAUACAGAAAAGAUGGAUUUGCUGAAACAUUUGCAAUUUCAGAAUAGAAACAGUCCAACAUUUAGAAAUGAUGUUGUGCAAACAUGUAAGCUGAUUCAUUCAGCGAAUGUUGAUCCAGCUAUCAAACUGAAAAAGUCAAAUGCCCUUUUGCUGACUUUUCGACAAGACAGAAAACUGUUCCAUUUGAUUUGCAAUUCGAUUUGCGGGUUCAAAAUUUUACCAUUUAAGCAGGACAGGGGUGAAAAAUACCCCCUUUCAAUGGAAUGGUAUUCAAAUCAAGAACAGUUUGUUUCCUUGGACGUGAUUUACAGUUCAAAAUUUGAAUACAUUGCUGGAUCAGUUCUACCCACAUCGACUCGAGAAUGGGAUGAACUUGUCGAUACCAGUAAGGCACCUCAGUUGAAUGCAGUCAUACGACAUUUUUUCCAGGCUACAAAAUGUUAUAGAGACGUUGAGCAUGCAGGAUAUAAUUACAUAAUGAGAGAAGUAUAUCAGUAUUUAGCUAAUGAAAAUUGGGCACGUUUUGCGUCGUCAGUUCCUCAAAAUUGCGUUUUCACUGACUUUGGAUUUAUGAAUGCUGCAGAUAUUUACAUUGAACGGAGCAAAGCAGAUGUAGAUUUAGCACCGUAUUACAUUCCACUACCAAAGGAGUACAACAGCUUGAAAGAAUUUUUUGCUAGACUAGGUUGUAAUAAAAACCAAUCUUGUCAUCUCCUCGUUGAAGCACUGAAAAAAAUUAAAGAAAUGCAAUUGGAGGCAGAAGACAUGAAUUAUGACUGCCAGGACUUGGAUAAAGUUGAGAAAAUUUUGAAGAAACUGUCAGAAUUAACAGAAGAGGAAUUAUCUGCAAUAAAGGAGGAUAUCCUGGUACCAAUUCAUAAUCAAGAUUCAGCUAUCCUAACCUUUCGGUUUGCGCACGAAUGUGCAUACUCUGAUUCAGAUUGGUUCAGCAGGACGUUCACAGAAGAAGAUAACAUUUGUCUUGUUCAUUCAAGGAUUGACAAAGAGGUAGCAAAGAAACUUGGUGUGAAAUCAUUAAAAAAAUUCACAUUAUCAGAUGCAGAAGAAGUUUUCUCCGAAUUUGGACAAUCAGAACCAUUAACCCAGCGUUUGAAUCGACUUUUAGACGAAGGGUACACUGAUGGAUUGUCAGUUCCAAAGGAGCUGAUUCAAAAUGCGGACGAUGCUGGAGCAUCUGAAGUGUUUUUUCUCUAUGACGAAAGAGAAAACAAGGAUGCAAGAAGUUGUCUCAUAGACCCUGGAAUGGAAGGUUGUCAAGGACCAGCAUUGUGGGCUUUCAAUAAUGCUGUUUUCUCUACCAGCGACUUUCAAAAUAUUCAAAAACUUAGUGGAGCAACAAAGAAAGAAGAUACUACAAAAAUAGGGAAAUUUGGCUUAGGUUUUAAUGCAGUUUACAACUUAACUGAUGUUCCAAGUUUUGCAAGCGGAAAUCAUUUGGUAUAUUUAGAUCCACAUGGAAAAUAUUUAGGAGAGGCCAUUAUACAUGAGAGAAGUCCAGGGAUCAGGCUCAAUCUUUUGAAUAAAACCAUGCUUCGUAAACUUGAAAACCAGUUUAAACCUUUUCAAAAUGUGUUCGGAUUCAAGUCUUCAGAAUUUUCAGAAGAGAAAGGUUAUAAUGGAACAUUGUUCAGAUUUCCGUUGCGUACAAGACUUCAAGCUAGUGAUAGUAAAAUCAAAACUAAAGAAUACUCUCGAGUGGAAAUGGAAGAACUUAUGAAAUUGUUUUGCAAAUCAAGUGGAAACAUGCUCCUCUUCACUCAGAAUAUUAAAAAAAUUAAACUCUUUCAUGUCCGAGAUAUAAGUACAAAUCCAGAUAAAGAUAUGGAGCUGAUACUUUCCAUCGAAAAGGAGGAAAACUUUGAAAAUUCAGUAACACUUGCCAAUGAAAACAUAUUAAGUGCAGCUUCAAGGCAGUGUAGUAAAUUUGACAAGUCCCUACACUUUUCACUAGUAUGUAGAACAAAAAUAACAAUUUCUUCUUGGGGUCACUCAUGGGUUAAAAAUUUAGCAUUCAAAGAAGAAACCAACUGGUUAAUUAUAUGGGCACUUGGAAGAAGGCAGUCUUUAAAACUCUUCAGAGAGAAAAGUAGUGACGGAGCACUUCCGUUAUCUAGCGUUGCAAUUCCAGGGGAUGUAGUGAAUGGAAAAUUUUUGCCUCAUCUUCUUUGUGCAAGUUUAUCUAAUUUUCAUAGGUAUGGAUUCUAUAAUACAAGCCAUAUGUUUUGUUUUUUGCCAUUACCAAUUUAUACUCCAUUAGCCUUUCAUAUCAAUGGAACAUUUGCUAUAUCAUCUGAUCGUAAGCGGUUACUGAUGAGAACAGAAGAUGACAAAGAAAAUACAAAACAAACAGUGUGGAAUAACUCUCUGAUAUCAGAUGCAACGUUGGAGGCACUUCUUGAGCUCCUUAGUGUUUUGAAAAAUACCACAACAGAAGAUGACGUAUUUUUUGAAAUAUGGCCAAAAGAAAGUAAGGAGUAUUUCUGGCAGACAUUUCAGGAUGAAUUUUACAGAUGCAUUGUGGAGCGUGAAAUACCCUUAUUCAAAACUCAUCUUGGAUUCAAAAAAUUUCAGGAUUGUGUAUUUUUGCACAAAAAUAUAAAAGCAGACAAAGAAUUACAUCAAAUUGCUAUCGAAAUUUUGAAGGAAACCCACUCAGAUAGUAGAGUCAUUACGGAGAUACCUAAUAACGUGUAUAAAGAAUUGGAACUCUGUCUCGGUGAAAUCUUUUCUAAGCACGUAAUUACUUAUGAGAAGUUUAUAACUGAAAACUUCUUGCCAUAUGUAUCUCUUUUCCAUGGGGAAAAAUAUGACCGUAUUGUUCUGGGCGCAAUAAGAUAG